AGUCAGACUUAGACUGAGCAACUUAGCACACACACUCUACUGUGUACCAGGCACUGUCCAAGUAAGUGCUUUGUAUGCGUUAGCUCAUUCAACUUCCAGGGCAUCCCCAUGAAGAACUUACUAUUAUUAGUUAAUAUUAUUCCCAUGUUUACAAAUGAGACUGGAGCUUUUAAAGGUUAGGUUUCCUGCCAAAGCCAUUAGCACUACAUAUGCUCCCAAUAGACCAAGUAACUUGUCAGCUCUGGGCUUUGUUGAUGAUGGUUUUCUACUAAUCCUGCCUUUCUCCUUGUUUCUUUCUUUUGAACUCCUACAUAUCUUCAAAGUCCAUAUCAAAACCCCCCUUUUGGGUGGAGUCUUCUAUUUUACAUAGACAAAAACAAAGGCAUGAGAAUUAAUAUUUUUUUGAGCAUCUAUUAUUUUCUAGGACUCCGUACAUAUUAUCUCCUAUUAUCCUCACAAUAGGAUGUUGCAGUGCAGUGCUUCUAAUGUCCUUAUUUGGAAGAUGAGAAGACGAAGGUUUAGAGAUUUUAAAUAACUAGCCCAAAGUUACACUUCUAUGGGUGAAAAACAGAAUUCAAAUCAGAGUGGAGCAGCAUGGAAGCCACCAGCCAGAUCCCCAUGGAAGUUGUGCUCCCCAAGCACAUCCUGGACAUCUGGGUCAUUGUCCUCAUCAUCCUGGCCACCAUUGUCAUCAUGACCUCCUUGUUGCUGUGCCCGGCCACCGCAGUCAUCAUCUAUCGCAUGCGAUCCCAUCCCAUCCUGAAUGGGGCCGUCUGAGAACCUCCCAGGAGGGGCGGGUGAGGGAUGAGGACAGCGUCCUGACCCCCAGCAUCUUCCCCUUUCCUAGAAAAGCAGCAGGGGGAACUUUGCAGCAUGGACUUUGGAGCUCGACAUGUGAGGAGACCUGAGUUCUAGCUUUGAUUCUGCCACUGGCCAGCGGUGUGAGUUUGGUCUAGGGACCUAAUUCCAUGAGUUCCAGGUUCCUUAUCUUCCAAACGGGGAUCAUGCUCCCUGCCGUCCUACCUCAUGGAGUUGUGAGAACCCAUGACCUGGUGGAGGUUAAAGCUUGUUAGUGAGCAGAUUCACAGGUGUUAACUGUUGGCUGUUGAUCAGCUUUGAAGAACCAUAGACCCUUAUUACUGAUGAGAGCCUUCAAGGUGGUGAGGGAGACCCUGGGGCAGAGCAGCCUUGCCAGUGACCCUCAGGUGAAAUGAAGCAAAAGCACCCUGUCCUUGUUCCAAGGGACCAACAGCAUGUGGCUCAAUGUUGUUUUCUUUGAGGUGCCACUCCCUUGAGUUUUCUAAUUUGGGAGGGAAUUAAGUGUGGCAGGGGGAGGGAGUUGAGUGGAUCUUCCCAGGACACCAGAAGCUCUCCCCCCGUGCAAUCUGGAGGGGGCUCCACCAUUUUUUGGCAAUGACAAGGGAUCUGGGGUGAUGGACUUCAUUUUGCAUUAGAUUUGCAAAGCUUUGACACUCAAGCAGUGUUGGCAAAUGCAGAAUGACUGAGUUCCCUGGCCAGCUUUCAGGAUCUCAGCCCCCAUCCCCUGUGAGCUCCUCUGCCCCAGCUCCUGCAUAACACAUACUCCCUUCAUUCCCUCCCGCCAACACUACAACCAUUCCAAGGUAUAGGCUUAUAUUUUAAGAGAUGUUCCCAGGAAUUUGAAACUAACUCAAACAACAAUGUUUAUUUUUAAUGCUAUGACUUAUAUUUAUAUGUAUAGAGAGAUUUCUGGACUACUCGAGCUUUUUGGUCAAAACCAGGAGCAUCUGGAGAUUGGUUAAAUUAUGUAAGAAGAUAGCACAGGUUAUCAGGAUAUUAUUGUGUGAAAAUUAUAUACUUUUACUUUGAUCUGAUUUCAUUGAUGUACACAAUUAAUUUCCAAUAAAGUGCUAGAAUGUAGAAUGAA